ACGAUGGAACUCGAUUUGGUGCAUUUAAAAUUGAAUGACGAUGAAUUAACGUUUGAGGAUAAAGAAAUAAAUAAAUUGUAUUUAAGACAGAACAAUCUAGAGUUAUCAAAAUCACUCGAUAUUGAGGGAAAUAAACUAGAAGAAAUUGAUUUAUACGAUAAUAAAAUAUCUGAUGAUAAUCUAGUCAAUUUAACUAAUCUAUCUAAUUUAAAGAUAUUGGAUUUGUCUUUCAACCUCAUUAGGUCAAUCAAAGAUAUCGAGAAGCUCCCAUUGAAAGAACUCUACUUGGUACAGAACAAGAUCGUCGAUAUAAGCAAUUUAAAUAUCCCUACCUUGGAAUUGUUAGAAUUGGGUGGCAACAGAAUCAGAACAAUCCAGAAUCUCGACUACUUGUCCAAUCUGAGGGAACUCUGGCUUGGUAAAAACAAAAUAACUGAAAUUGCCAACAUGGAUAAUCUAUCCAAUCUGAGAAUUCUCUCAUUGCAAGCUAAUAGAAUAUCUGACAUCACCGGCUUAGAUGGUUUGACGAAUCUCGAAGAAUUAUACCUCUCACAUAACAACCUGUCUUCUCUGCAAGGUUUGGAUAAUCUCACUCAGCUGAACACAUUAGAUAUUGCUCAUAACAAAAUUGAGACAAUUUCCAACGUUAAACAUUUGAAAAAUUUGAAGGAAUUCUGGGCAAACAGCAACAAAAUCACAUCUUUGGAGGAGAUUGAGAGCGAAUUCAAAGACACACCAUUGGAAACAAUCUAUUUGGAGCAUAACCCUGUACAACAGACUCUCAACACUCAAUAUAGACUCAAAUUGAAAUUAGCACUCCCACAAUUGAAACAAAUCGAUGCAACUUUAACUUAAUAAAUUUAUUGUUUUUAUAUUAGGUGGUACGCCUUUAUCUUCCAUCAUCCAAUUGACUAAAUCCCAUUUCUUAUACUUUGUGCACCAGUAAAGCAUCUCUGACGUAAGCUCUAAAGGUGGUAAUGAUCUUUUCCGCUUCUUUCCUUUCUUCUCUGUCCUCUCUUCUGUCAAGCGCUUUAAUCUAUUGAUAUCACCAUUCAGGAUGAGAUAUUGGACAGCUUUGUGAUUGCUUAGGCUGAGGUUUGGCUUAUGAGAUAAUAACAACUCUAUUAGAUCGUCAUUCUUCAUUGAUAUCGCCUUGAUUAUUGGGUAUCCAUUCAGACUAUUGACGUCUACAUUGUAAUUAUCAAGUAACUUCCUUGUAAGAUCGACGUUAUUGUACUUUAUAGGCGUUUUGCUAAAUUGUUUACACUCCAGAUUGUAAUCUUUGUAUAUUUCUUCCACUCUAUUAAGUAUUUUUACAUCAACUACCCGAUAAGAGAGUAGAUGUUCUAUAAUCCUCUUCUCUAUUAGCUUCUGGGUAACUCUACCUUUAAACCUUAUGUAGAAGCUAUUGAGUAGAUAAUCAACCUUUUGUUCCGUAUAACUUUGCUCUAUAGCAUUGUAAAUC